AUGGCUAUUAGUUUAUGUCGUAGCGACAUCAUGGAUAUGAGACCAACUUCAAGCUUCACGGAUAGAAUUGCGGAAAAAUAUUGGGAUAAAUUCGUGCUAGACACAAAUCCGAAACAUAAAAUAUCUGAGGAAUGGGAAAAAUUCAUACAAGAAUUUUUCAAGAUAUGUCACAAAAAUCCCGAGAAGAAUGGAAAAAGGCUUGGCGUGAAAGAUCGACGGAAACAAAAAAGACCUAGUGGAUGUCAUCCGCAACAUCCUUGGACCAUACAUAAUGAUUUGGGUUCUUUUAGUAUCAAAGCUUUCGAAGCACCAUUCAACAUAUUAAGGUCAGGUGACCUCAGAGAAAAUCAAUAUAAUGCGCAAUUCAUAGGCCCGAUAUUAGAGAAUACAAUGAAUACUGUAUGUAGCGUUGAAUGGAGAAUUCUUGAAAUUCCGGUAGAAAGCAGUAAGGCUCGUCGUAAUACUGGUAUAAAUGCAAUUGUUGAUAAGGUUUUAGAAGCAAAGUGCGCGGAUGGACUUGCUCGUCUCUGGCAGAGCCAUGAGGAAGUGUUCUUGUAUGAACAGACCGGAUCACCAAAUUUCGACGAUAUUACUCAAUUUCAUAUUCACGAUUAUAAAUUGAUCAGAACAAUGCGAGAUGUGUUGAACCAGCGAAUAAUCUUUCGCCUUAAAAAUGGAAUAUGUGAUCACAAAGACCUCGCAUGCUUCAGUGCUUUUGGUAACCGUUUUGAAGUAUCGUUAUUUUGGUUGACAAUACACCAGAAGUCGUAUUGUCUCCGAGAAUAUGGUACCUUCAAUAUCCCGUCAACUUGGCAAGAGCUUCCCGUGCUAUAUUGA